CUGAAAACGAUUGAGCUACGCUACCACGCGGUUUCAUUACUUGACCAUCUCCGUUUUCGAAUCUCUCUUUUUCUCUCUCGGACGCAAAUCUCAUGGACGAGGUGAUCACAGCUGCUGAUGCUUCCAUCAAUGGAUCCAAGUCCUCCAUCAUUCCAUACAACCUCCCUCUCCUCUCCGCCUUCCUCUCUUGCGCUCUCGCCCAGUUCCUCAAGCUUUUCACCACCUGGUACAAGGAGAAAAGAUGGGACUCUAGAAGGAUGCUUAGCUCUGGAGGAAUGCCCUCGUCACAUUCGUCCACUGUGACAGCACUUGCAGUUGCUAUUGGUUUCCAGGACGGAACCGGAGGGUCGACAUUUGCCAUUGCAGUGGUUUUGGCAUGUGUUGUCAUGUAUGAUGCUACUGGUGUAAGACUCCAUGCUGGUCGUCAAGCUGAAAGAUGCAUGUGCAAACUUGCUAUCCCUUUGCCUGCUAGGCAAAGGGUCAGCUCUACUGCAGCUUGUAUCAUUGCCUGGAUCUCUUAUCUUUUCAGAGCGAUCAUAGUUUCAUAUAUGUGUUCUUUAUUAAAUCAAAUAGUGUGUGAGCUACCUCCAGAACACCCGGUUUCUAGUGUUAGACCUCUACGGGAUUCACUUGGUCAUACUCCAUUGCAGGUUCUUGCAGGUGCAGUGUUGGGAUGUAUAGUGGCAUACCUUAUGUGUUCGAGUUAGCAGUGGGUAAUUCCAGUGAUUAUUCUUUGAUGUCACAAGUGUUAGUUCAACGGGCUGUAGAGGUCAGUGCAAGCGUACAACAGGAGACUUCCCAAAGUCUGCUUUUCUGUCAAAUAGUGGAAAGGAUUGAGCAAAAAUGUAUGCCAAGUUUGUACUCACAAUUCAACUGUAGAAAAGUAGUGUUCUGAAGCCUUUUAACAGUUUGACUAUAUAUAUAAAGAUGCUCUUGAGCUCAAGCAA